AUGACUGACAAACAAACAAAAUUAGCACUUUUACCUUUGUCUAGAAUAAAGAUGAUCAUGAGAAGCUCUCCCGAUGUUUCAAAUAUAAGUCCUGAUUCCAUUUUUUUAAUUGCCAAAGCUGCCGAAGGUUUUGUUGCGUUUUUGGUUCGUCAAGCAUUGAAAGCGAGCGAUAACAAAAUGUUGGUAGAUUACUCUGAUCUUUCAAAGAUAGUUUAUGAAAUAGGUAAUUUGGAGUUUCUGAGAGAUAUUAUUCCCCCAACAAUUAAAGGUUAUGAGUAUCUGGAAAUAAUGAAGAAAGUUGAAGAACAGGAUAAAGCUAUCGCAAAAGAAGAGCAAGAGAUUUGA